UGUGCUACCGCGCGCCACCGCCUCUCCACUCUACCACACCGACACGCACACCCAGCUAAUCUCCCUCUUCCCCAAGCCAAAAAAAAAAAAAAAAGACACGCUCACCAGCCGCAGCGGCGCGCCCCUCUCUCUCUCCUCUCCUUUUAACUACUACUCCCCACGAGGAGCAGCCGCGAACACCACACACCACCUCACGCAGCAGCAGCGGCAGCAAUGGCGUCCAUCAUCGUGCUCGCCUCCGUCCUCCUCCUCGACGUCAUCGCCUUCGGCCUCGCCGUCGCCGCCGAGCAGCGCCGCAGCAAGGCGACGGUGACGCCCGACUCGGAGAAGCUGUACGACUACUGCGUCUACGACUCCGACAUCGCCACCGGCUACGGCGUCGGCGCGCUCCUCCUCCUCGCCGCCGCGCAGGCCGUCGUCAUGCUCGCCAGCAAGUGUUUCUGCUGCGGCCGCGGCCUCAAGCCCGGCGGAUCCCGCGCCUGCGCCCUCAUCCUCUUCCUCUUCGCAUGGUUGACCUUCCUCAUUGCUGAGGCAUGCUUGAUGGCCGGAUCCAUCCGGAAUGCGUACCACACCCGGUACAGGGGGAUGUUCGUUGGCGAGUCCGUCUCCUGCGAGACUGUGCGCAAAGGUGUCUUUGCUGCUGGUGCGGCCUUCACCUUCUUCACAGCCAUCCUCAGCGAAUUCUACUACGUUAGCUACUCCAAGUCCCGCGAUGCUGCUGGGGGUGCCCCGUACGGUGGCUCCAACAUUGGCAUGGGCACUUACAGCUAAAAGGAGCUUGCUGAACAGGAUGAUCCGGUCCUUGAGCUUGUUGGAUUCAAGGUGGAGCAUGUGAUCGUGGAGUGCAUUGUUCUUGUUAACACAUUACCUUAGUUACGGUGUAAUUGGUUGGGGUUUACUAUCCCGUUAGGUUGUAUGAGAUUACUUGGUUGGGUUGUACACUAUUCGGAUUAUUGGAUUGGAUUCUGAACAUGGAAUACACGUAUCCUAGUAUGAUGAUGCGCUAUUGCCUGCUGACAUGGUCAUCUCUCUUGCUUGAUGUAAUCUGUCACCAGAUCUUCACUAAUACGAGAUGCUGGUAAAAUGGAGGUAGCAUGGUAGUCAUGUGUGUUAUUAGUUGACUUAACGCACACAUUGAGUUAUAUGACUAUGUAUCACAGUUUCUGGUCAAAGUAAAGCUUCACAAAUUCUGUUUUA